AUGGCGGCACAGCCAUGCGCGCAGCACCCAACACGCCACUUCCAGGCAUGCAUCCGCAGGAAUCCUCCCGGCCCCAGCAACCUGCCUCAUGCCACCCAACACGCAACCAAGACCCCUCGCCCCAGCUUCCUGCCAUUCCUCCAGAGCCUCGUAAUCAACGAUCGCCCCCGCGGCUUGUGCCAGGACGAGGGAGGCGGUGGACCGGGCACAGCCAUCCAGCCAUGCAGCACCUCACACCGCUGCGGUUACAUAUUGUUUGCCCUCCUAGGUCGAGCGGAUCACGCAGGCUUAACCAAGUGCCAAGGUGAAAAGCAGGGUCACUCGCUGCCCAGGCAGAGAGGCAGCAUGAAGCCCGCAGUCCCUGCCGGCGAGGACCCUCUCAGAGAUGCUGCGAGCGUCACCCUGCCCAUUUCGGCUCCUGGCACCUACAGGAAAGGCUGUCCCUGGAUUCCCAGCAACUUCUGGGAGGAGGCGAAGAGGCUGCUGGCACUGGCAGGGCCACUGACCCUGAUCCAGCUGCUGGUCUUUAUGAUCCAUAUUGUGAGCUCUAUAUUCUGCGGCCAUCUGGGCAAGGUUGAGCUGGCUGCCGUCACACUUGCAAUCGCUGUUAUAAAUGUUCUCGGCAUCUCCGUGGGGUACGGCUUAACAGCUGCAUGCGACACAUUAAUGUCACAGACGUACGGCGGCAAGAACAUGAAGCGGGUGGGCGUCAUCCUGCAGCGCGGCACCCUCAUCGUGCUGCUUUGCUGCUUCCCCUGCUGGGCUGUCUUCAUCAACACCGAGCAGAUCCUGCUGCUGGUCCGGCAGGACCCGGAGGUCUCCAGGUUAACGCAGGUUUACGUGAUGGUUUUCGUCCCGGCUCUUCCCGUGGCUUUUCUGUACCAGCUGGAGACACGAUAUCUGCAGAAUCAGAGGAUCAUUUGGCCCGAGGUGCUCAGCGGCAUCGUUGGAAACAUCAUAAACGUGCUUGCAAACUACGUCUUCCUCUACACGAUGGACCUCGGAGUCACGGGCUCUGCCUUGGCGAACACCAUCGCUCAGUACACACAAGCCAUCUUCCUGUUCCUGUACAUCGUCGGGAAGAAGCUCCAUGUGGAGACCUGGGGAGGCUGGUCCAGCGAGUGCCUGCAGGAGUGGGAUACCUUCAGCUCGCUGGCCGUGCCCAGCAUGCUCAUGUUAUGCAUCGAGUGGUGGACCUAUGAAAUCGGGAGCUUCCUGGUCGGCCUGCUGAGCGUCGUGGAGCUUUCUGCCCAGUCCAUCGUUUACGAGGUGUCCACAGUCGCUUACAUGGUUCCCUUUGGACUGAGCACGGCUGUCAGCGUUCAGGUGGGGAACGCGCUGGGUGCUGGGAACGUAGAGGAGGCCAAGACAGCGUCCGUUGUCAGCCUGCUGUGCACAGGGGUCUUUUGUGUGGCGAUGGGUGUCGUCCUGGCAGCCUCGAAAGACAUGUUGGGAUAUAUAUUUACCAGUGACAAAGAGAUCAUCGAGCUGGUGGCGUGGGUUAUGCCGGUGUACAUUGCCUUCCACCUGUUCGAAGCAGCUUGUUGCACCGCCAGCGGCGUGCUCCGGGGCUCGGGCAGGCAGAAGUUCGGGGCCAUCCUGAACGCCAUCGGCUACUAUGUCGUGGGCCUCCCAGUGGCGAUCCUGCUGCUCUUUGUGGCCCGGAUCGGGAUCAUAGGCCUCUGGCUCGGCAUGCUGAUCUGCGCCUUCAUCCCCUGCAGCUGCUCCAUCGCCUACAUUGCACGGAUGGACUGGAGGAAGGCCUCCGAGGAGGCUCAACGGCGGGCAGGCGUGAGCCAGCAGAUGGCUGAGGACUUGAACACGGCUCCUAUCCCUUCCAAGCAGGCUCCCCUCCCAGGGGAGGCUGGGGCCCACAGCAGCGUCGUCCUGCUUGGCUUCACUAAGCUCGAAGGGCCGAGGCUCCAGGAAGCUGUUCCCGCGUGCCCGCCCGUGGCCGAGGCUCUGUCUGCGAAACAGCUCGUCCUCUGGCGCGGGCUGGCAGUCGCUGCCGCCAUCGCCGUCCUCGCGCUCGGGGUGGCUGUAAGGGUCACGACUGCUCCCCACUGAGCAGGCUGGGCCAGAGACGGGGACUGGCGCCGAGAGCACAGGGAGAUCCCUCCUGACUCGCAGCUGGGAGCGCACGGUGCCCAGGACUUGUCCAAGCAAAGGGGGAAGUCUCUGUUUAGCUGAAGAUGGCAUCUGACCUGAGCUAGGAGCUGCUGUCCAGGGGACCGUCUGCCUGGUAUGAAUGGGGAUCUGGUCCAACCGCUGGCAACACCUGAGUGCACACAGCCAGGGCUGGCGAACCCUGUCACCGCCCGGACUUUGUGGCACAGUGACAACCCGUUGUUUAGCCAUGAAUAAACCCAGCCACCAAGCUCCUGCCUGCCUGCAGCUCCUUCGGUUUGCAGUUCACUUUAGGGCCUGGCCUGGGUCUUGGCCCCUCCAGCUUAGACCCCAGCUUGGAGGGCUGCUCCGCAGCAGGGAGUCAGCGCAGGCCACUGCCUCGGCUUCCGCUCGUGCAGAGGCAGACAGGGAUGUGCAGAUCUGAGCCUCAGUGUUUCAGAUGUAGCGUUUCCUCGACUGGCUCGCUCCCUGCCAGGCACCGAGGGGGCUAAAGAAAUGAAUUCAACUUAAGCCCUGGGGGGCAGGGAGGUAUUCAUAAAACUUGCUCUGUUGUAUGGGAGGGCUUAAAUAGGGAAAGAUCCUGCCCCGGGCAGGGGGCUGAACUAAGGGACCUUCCAAGGUCCCUUCCAGCCCCAUUUCUCUAUGAUUCUUAACGCUGCUUGGGGAUCGGAGUGGAUACGCCUCACUCCUGUUUUACAGGCGGGCGACCAGCAGCGCAGGCGUGAAGCAGCUCGCCUGAGCAAGGCAGCGGCAGUCGGGCCUCUGGCUCUCUGCCAUCUCCUCUGUUGCGCCAAUAAAACACGUUCAUUCUUGUCACUUAGAUUUUGCAAACACUAAAUAAACAAUUUUUAAUACCUGGCUUGGCAGGCAGGUUUCACUGAACGCAACUCAUCUCGGGAGAUGAGGCCAAUGGCUUUCUAGAAUCGCUUCUUUCAUAGUAACACAUCAGGUCUCCUGUUGCUUUUUAGUAAGGAAA